CAUCCGAUCUGGAAGGCAGCCACUCCAGCCACUGGAGGGGACGCGCUGAGACAGGACCACCUCAUUCCUCUGGCUGCUGCCUUCAGGACAGGGCUGUUCUGCUGACCCACCAUGAUCCAGGCUGCACUGCUCCUUGGCUGUGUCUUGCUGUCCUCAGUGGCCGCCUUUCCAAGGAAUACCCAGAAUGGCGCCCUGCCCCCUCAGCGGGCUAUCACAGAGCCUGAACCUACAUCACAUGUGAUCUCCGGGAAGAUCCCUGCUCCAGCCCCUGGCACCUGCCAGGACCUCCUGUACGCAGCCCCCUCCUUAGCCCCCUUGCCUGAGUAUUUGUCCCUCUUAGCACUAAGAGUGGCCUUGGAGGACAUUGGCUGCCCCACCGAGGCCCACUCUCUGCAGCUUCAGCUCAGUGGGGUGGGAGGAAAAGACAACACUGAAACCCUGAUCCUCGAGAGUCAAAAGCUCAUCAAGGAGCAAGGGACUGGCGAUAACGAAGCCAUUCUGAGGGGUCUGGGGGGAUCCCCUGGGGAACUGAAGAGGGUCGGGCGCUCAGUGACCCUGCCUGAGACAUGCACCUCUGAAGAAGGCCGGGUGUUGUAUGAACUUGGAUCUGUGUUUGCUGAAUUUGCUGAGAAGCUCCCUUCCAUUGAUGUGGUGAGAGAGUUCAAGGCUUCUGCAGCCAACGUCACCCAGAAGUGCACCAUUGAGUCUUGGGAACAUUUGGAGCAAGUACGCAUUAAGAUGAUGAAACACCCAGAAGUUAGGAAUGCCACACUCUCCAUAGAAGAUGAAAUAUACAUUGCUGCUCGGUUGACAGUCAUUCUGAAUCGUUUUUUUGCAGGCCUUCUACUAAAUUAUUUUCAGUCUUAUUUUGGAUAGACAAGGCCUCAUAGGUGUCACGUCUACUUUCUCAAAGUCCUUAGUAGGUCUGCAUGCAGAGACCAUGCAUAGCAUGAAGCUAGAUAAUGGCAAUAUUUUAUGAUUUAUGCAUUUUCUUCCUUUGAACCUGCUGAGCAGACACAUCGUUCAGUUCUUAAAUGCUAUGGGUAUUGCAAUCUCUCUCUUCAACUACUUAACACUUACUAAAUCCCCCAAUGAAAUCUGUACCUUGAUUGUGUUCAUUUUCAUUUGCUUUGAGAUAUG